AUUACUUAAUUGCUUACCUUUCUUCUUCGUUUUUCUUGGCUUUGACAACAAAAAGAAAUGCUCUUAUCUACAGAUUCAAACUUAUAUGGUGUCUCUAUCUUGGCAUCGACUACAGAUGAACAAAACAGGAUCCUUUCACCUGAAGCACUCCAAUUCAUUAGCACCUUGCACCGUGAAUUUAACCCGACUCGCAAGCUUUUGCUUCAGAGAAGAGUCAUGCGUCAGAAAGAAAUUGAUCAAGGCAAACUUCCAGACUUUUUACCAGAGACAGAGCACGUUCGAAAUGACCCAAACUGGCGCGCUGCAUCUCCUGGACCAGGUCUUGAGGAUCGUCGUAUAGAAAUCACAGGGCCUGUGGACCGAAAGAUGAUCAUUAAUGCACUAAAUUCAGACGCAAAGACAUUUAUGGCAGAUUUCGAAGAUUCAAAUUCUCCUACCUGGGAAAAUUGUAUAAACGGGCAGAUAAACCUUUAUGACGCAGUUAGACGUACCAUCGCCUUUACGAACCCCGCAGGAAAACAGUAUAAGCUCAAGGACCGUACUGCAGUACUUCUUGUUAGGCCACGAGGUUGGCACAUGGAAGAAAAGCAUGUCUUAGUAGACGGUGAGCCUAUCUCUGCAUCUAUUUUUGAUUUUGGUCUCUUCUUCUUUCAUAAUGCAAAGGAACAAAUCAAGCGAGGUCAUGGCCCCUACUUUUAUUUGCCCAAGAUGGAAUCUCAUCUGGAAGCUAGACUGUGGAAUGACAUAUUUAAUAUGGCACAAGAUAUGCUUUCUAUCCCAAGAGGAACCAUUCGCGCUACUGUUUUAAUCGAGACGAUUCUGGCAGCUUUUGAAAUGGAAGAAAUUAUCUAUGAACUUCGUGAGCACUCCUCUGGCUUAAAUUGUGGUCGAUGGGACUAUAUUUUCUCAUUUAUCAAGACAUUUCGUCAUCACCCUGAAUUUGUUCUUCCGGAUCGUUUUGAAGUUUCCAUGACAGUCCCCUUUAUGAAUGCUUACGUACGCCUGCUAAUCCAAACCUGUCACAGACGCGGUGUUCAUGCGAUGGGAGGCAUGGCCGCUCAGAUACCUAUCAAGGAUGAUCCAGAGGCACAUGAAAUAGCUAUGCAAAAGGUACGUACGGAUAAACUGCGAGAAGUCAAGGCUGGGCAUGAUGGCACCUGGGUUGCGCAUCCUGGCCUUAUCCCUAUUGCUCUUGAGGUGUUUAAUGAACAUAUGCCUGGACCCCAUCAAAUUGAUGUUCGUCGACAACCGGAAAGAAUCACACAAAAGGACUUGUUGAAUGUCUCCUUCGAGGGCCGCAUUACCGAAAAGGGUUUACGCGAUAAUAUUCAGGUUGGACUUGAUUAUAUGGAGUCAUGGCUCAGAGGGGUAGGCUGUGUGCCUAUACAUCAUUUGAUGGAAGAUGCUGCAACAGCAGAAAUAUCACGUUCUCAGCUAUGGCAGUGGGCAAGGCAUAAGUGCAAGACGGCAGAAGGACAUCAAAUCACCGGGGAGUAUUGUCUUAAAAUACUUGAUGAAGAAGUGCAAGCAAUCAGACAGAGGCUGGGUCCCAAGUACUCUUCAACAAAGUAUGAACUCGCCAAGAUGGCAUUCGCUACAAAUAUAACAGGUGACCAAUAUGACGAUUUCUUGACAACAUUGCUGUAUGAUCAUAUUCUUUCCAUAUAAAAGAGUUCUAGACUGUAAACAGUGACUAUAUUGCAAUAAACUAUCGGCACUCGUCCAGGCCAAUCAGUAAAUUAGGUUGACUACUUGUUCUAUCUCCGACCAGUAUAUAAUUGAUCUGCAAUAUUAGG